AUGUAUAACAUUGCCAAGGUCUCAAAAGGAGAGAUCCUCCUUUAUUUUAACGAAAUAUUCGAUGCUUUGUGCAGACUAGCUGGGGAUUCCGACCCUGCUGUUAAGAAUGGUGCUGAUUUAUUGGAUAGACUUAUAAAAGAUAUUGUAGCAGAGAAAGCUGCUACUUACGUAUCUGUCAUUCCAAAGACAUCUCCAACAAUGCCAGUGUCAUCACUACAAAUCGAGAAUGAGGAUCCCAAUAAACCUAUUUUAUUACAAGAACCAAUCCAAACUGAAACAACAUUUUCAUUAGCGAAAUUUAUCCCCGUGCUUAUGGAACGGGUUUAUGUUAUUAACUCAUAUGCCAGAAUGUUCCUUGUCUCUUGGAUUACGCUAUUAGAUUCAAUUCCUGACCUAGAAUUGAUUAGUUACCUCCCCUCAUUUUUAGGUGGACUCAUAUCUUUCCUUAGCGACCCAAGCGAAGAUGUGCGAGUGGCCACUAUGAGCACAUUGAGUGGUUUUUUACAGGAGAUUAGACGAAUUACUAAUAUUAAAAAGGCGGUAGCUUUAGAAAGAGAGAACAAAAGAAAGAUGAAAGAGAUCGAAGAUGAGCGAAGAGCCAGUAAUAGUAGCACAGAAGAUAUUCCCCCCGAUAACGAAAUUAUUGGAGGUGUUCGAGCAUUGGAUUUAGAUGAAAACGGCGAGAAAAUACAUGAUAGUCAGUCUACACUUCUCAAGUCGAGUCAGGCGACCAAACCUCUAGUAUCCCAAGCCAUUGGUCAGGGGCCCAUUUCAACUAACCCUGAUCCUUCUCCUAAAUACCCUCCAAACCAGACAAACCAGGAUGAACUCGCAAGAAUCAACUCUACAGACACAAUUCAUCAGGAAUCUGACGCACUAUCGCUUGUCCAGACGCCCCAGCAGUAUUCACCAGAAAAUGCCCUAGUAGAAUAUACUCCUGAUCAUGAGGAAGACGACGAUUCUGAAACGGAUGAGGGUCUUUACAUCCCAGGACAAGAUGUAUUCAUAAACUACGACAAAAUUAUCGAGAUACUUAUUUCCCAUCUAGAUUCUUCCGAGGAGAACAUUCAAAUAAUGGUCUUGUCUUGGAUUGAAGCUCUCUUGGAUGUUUCACCUUCUAGCAUGUUGGCUUAUGGCCCUAGAUUUCUUUCAGUUCUAUUACCGACCAUGGCAUGUGAUGGUCAUAGCUUGCGGCAGGCCGCCGAGCGCGUGAAUGACAAGAUGCUCCAGCUUAUUUUAGAUUUGCCUGACAACAACCCUGAUGAUUCGGAUUAUGAGGCAGCAGAUAGUGAUAACUCUCCAAGCAAAUUGGACUAUGCUGCCACUGUCAACUCUUUGACUUUACACUUUUUGAAUGAAAAGGAAGAGACUAGGGUUGCAGCUUUAGAUUGGCUGAUAAUGCUACAUCGUAAGGUUCCUCGCCGUAUACUUGCGAUAAACGACGCUACUUUUCCUGCUCUAUUGAAAACAUUAUCGGACCCCUCGGAGCAAGUCAUUACAAAAGAUUUACAGCUUUUGGCUCAAAUUUCUUACAACUCCAAUGAUGAGUAUUUUGCAGUUUUUAUGGUUAAUCUAUUAAACCUGUUCAGUACAGACAGGCGAUUGCUUGAAUCACGGGGAAAGCUGAUAAUUCGUCAAUUAUGUAUUAGUUUGAAUCCAGAACGUAUUUACCGGACUAUGGCUGAUAUCCUGGAACGAGAUGAUGACGUUGAGUUUGCCAGUUUGAUGGUUUUAAAUCUUAACAACAAUCUAAUAACUGCUCCAGAACUAGGUGAUCUACGGACUCGACUUCGAAGUUUGGAUACCCGUGAUGGUGCAAGCUUUUUUGUUGCUUUAUUUAAGUCAUGGUGUCACAAUUCGGCAGCGGCUUUAUCUCUGUGUCUACUUGCACAAGCAUAUGAGCAUGCAUUUCAAGUGCUCCAGAUCAUAGUCGAGUUUGAUGUGAGUGUCGCCCUAUUAGUUCAGAUGGACAAAUUAGUUCAGCUUCUCGAAAGUCCUAUAUUUACACAACUGAGGUUACAAUUAUUGGAGCCCGAAAAAUAUCCGUUCCUGUACAAAGUUCUCUACGGUAUUCUAAUGAUUCUUCCCCAAUCUUCUGCAUUCAACACCCUUAAGAAUCGUCUUAACAGCGUUUCUGCAAUUGGCUACGUACAUCUUCCCCAACCACGGUCACUAUCUAGUGUCACUUCUGCCAAUAACACGACUAUCCCCAGUAAAGCAUCACUAAAGCACAAUUACCGUGAUGAUAUCAAGUGGAUGGAACUUUUGGAUAAAUUUCGAACGGUGCAGAAACGACUUCAGGCGGCAAGAAAUCAGACAUCUAUCAAGUCAUUCAGACCACAUAGCACCGAUACGAGUCGUAUAACCAGUCCAGUGUUUUCUACCGACCCGGCUCCCAUUACAAACAAAUUAAACAAUUACAAAUCUGGUUUGAAUCGUUCUACAGACCGUAAUUACAAUAAUGGUGGAACAUCCAGUAAACCUGGGCAAGUCACAGGCUCAACAAUUCGUAGUAGACUUACCGGUGGUAGAGGGCCGUUUGGACUGCGAAAACAGUCUGAAGAUAAGAAGUAA